UGACAAUUGCUUGAUUUUGUUUCAGUUUCGUUCGGUGAGUUUCCUCUAGAUCAAGGCGGCCAACGCCAAAUUGGACCGGACAGAUUCCAUUCCAAAGCGAUUGAGUAAAUGUUACAGGCUAAAUAUUUGAGAUAUUGAAGUAGAAAGGGCUUAUUUAGCUAUCUGACGAUCGCAUUUCUAUGUCAUUUUCUUAAAGAAACAGCUACUGACUCCUGACCGCUUGCGGAAUAUGUCCGUCGAACCACCCGAAAGAGACGUGAAGGACUUUGAGUUCAUCCAGUUGUGCAAAUUUCGGAUUGCUCCACCGGAUCCAGAUGUUUCCACGAGCCGGCUGAAACUCCUGGCCUGCUCCUCACAGUAUGGAUUACUCUUUUACGGCACGAAACAAGGUUUCUACGCUGUCAAAACCUCGGAGCUGAUGGCCAUUGAUGAGAAGCUGGGGAAAGAAAGGACGAAAGUGGUCAUCUCGGACAUCCCACUGCAGUACAACGUCCCUCUGAACUCGCCCGUUUUGUCGCUGGACUGCAGCGGUGAUGGGAAAACCCUGGCGGUCAUCGUCAAGGAAGUGGGUCAGCUGGAUGUUCUGCUGUACGACGUCCGGGCAUUUCUGGACAAGAACUGUGCCAUCCCGGGGCCGUUCACGCAGACUCGCCUGCAGGCCGCCCCCUCAGCCUGCGUGGUGGACUCGGCCUGGAACCCCGCCUUCUUCAACCUGCUCUCCCUGUGCCUCUCUGAUGGCUCUGUCCAGCUGCUGGAGGUGAAGGAGAGGGCGGUGCUUGUCGCCUCGUUGCCCUCCACUGUGGCCGCUACUUGCUUCUGCUGGAGUCCCAAAGGCAAGCAACUCCUUGUAGGGAAAAAAGACGGCAGCUUCACUCAGUACGACCACAUCAUGGUGGAGAAAAGGCAGUGGCCGUGUCCCAACGUUCUGAACGGACCUCAUGCAGCCGUGGAUGUGGUGUGGCAAUCGACAUACGUUUUCAUGGCUGCAUUUCUCCAGGCAGGAGCGCCACCCGCAGAUCAGCCAUCUGUGGUGAUGACUUCCUCAAACAAGGAGAAUAAUACCACGUACAUAAACUUUGAAGAUGUUUGCUAUGGGAAUGGUGAAUCGAGAAAACCGAAAUACUUUUUCCACUUUGUCCAGAAGUGGGAAAUGAUUCUUAUGGCAUCAAGCAAUGCCACGGAAACCACUGUUGUUGGUAAAAAUCUGGAUGACAAGGUGAACUGGGAGCACUGGAACCUGGAGGACUGCUCAAGGGCUGAGCUGCCGCUGACAGACGACAAGAACGACUCGUACCCGAAUGGUCUGGCCGUGGACUACUCGCCGCAGAAGGACGUUGUGCUAAGCGAGAGCAAGACGUUCCCAGCGUGCCCGGUGAUGUACCUCCUCUCCACCGACGGCAUCCUCAUGGCCUACCACCUGAUCUACGCGCACAAGGACGCCCCGCCGAUAACUGCUGACGUACUACCUGUGGGGAACGUGUUGGAAAUUCGAAAGGGUGCUCCCCCCGUCUUGUCGCAGCAAGCACGACCCGGGAUCUUCCAGUCUCCGCAGGCGGGCAGCAGUGGGUCCGUGUUUGGAUCUCCUGCCAUGACUCAAGCCACCAACACAGCCUCCCCGGCCUCAGUCCCCACCCCCCCUGCUCAGCCGGCGCCUUCGCCACAACAGGUACCGUCAUCUGGAAGAGCAGCCUCGACCCCUCUGGGCACCAGUGCGUUGGGACCGUCUUUCCAGUUUGCAGGACUGGGGGCCAAGACAACCACAGCUUCCCCCGCCCCGGCCCUCGCCCCCGCCGCCGCUACCACCACGCCCGGCAACCAGAAACCCCCGCUGCUGUUCCCGAGCCUGGCCUCAUCAUCCUCGGCGCCGUCCUCGUCCAGCGGUGGCCAGGCAGGCUCUCAGACAACUCUUGGCCAGCCCAAGGCCUCCAAUUUCCCCUUCUCGUUCGGGUCUCCAGCUACCAGCACAGUUCAAAGUUCAGCGUUUUCCUUUGUCCCAGCGUCCAGCACCACUGGGAUCACAGCGGCAGGCGGCGUCGCCCCGACUCAGGCCCAGACUGCGGUCAGGUUCGGCAGCUCUCUGCCUAAGCCGAGUCUCCCCCAAGGUCAGGCCGCCUCUUCUGGGAGUCCGGCCUUGGCAUCCAUGUUAGGGACUCCUCCGAAGCAAGAAGCCAAGCCAUCCCAGCCGCAGCAAGUCCCUGACGCAGCCAGCCAGCAGCGUAAAGGUCCGCCCGCCAUGGGCUCCUUCCCCCCGCAGCAGCAGGACGCGCCAUCAGCCUUCAGCUUCCAGCCCGCGCCUCAAGCCCCCACAGCUCAGCCUGGGCCAGCCACCGCCACCCCUCCAAGACCUGGUUUUGUGUCCCAGCCCAGCCCGGCCGCACUGAGUGCUGCUAGAGCAGUCCCCGCACAGCCUUCAGGAGGUGGCGUGGGCUCUCAGAGGUCGAUCGAAGCCACAGUGGACGACGCCUUCACCCAGAACAUUCUAGAGGAGAUGAAAGAUUUUAAUAAGGAGCUGCAGGAUUUCCGUCAGAGGUCGUGUCGAGAUGUCAAGACUGUUGGCACGAAAGAAGAAAUGCAGACGCUGCGACAAGACUCUGAGAAAAUGAACAACUUCUUGCUAGAGAUCAAAGACACUACUAAAGAGCAGCAGCGAGAGAGCCAGGAGCAGAAGAGCUUUUGCUUCAACCUGUUUGCCAUGGCGGAGGAGUGCAGGGUGAAGCAAGAGCGCGAUUCUGACCCGCACUACCAUUCCUUGUUACAGGGCCGUACGCUGGACCCGGCCAGCGCAGAGAAGCUGAAGAACCUGCAGCAGCUGUGCCAGACCAUAGAGCAGUGUGUGGUGGAGGUGGAUGGCAUACUGGACCGCCAGUGGCAGGAGCACCUGGACAAGAAGAAGUCGCAGCAAAGGCUGCGCACCCCGACGGGCGACACCAUCUACAAGUCGGUGCGCAACAACAACAUGCUGAUCGCGGGCCAGCGGCGGCAGCUGGAGAAGUUGGAGGAACAGCUGCGUAACGUCAAGCUCUACACCAGCUCGCCCGGCAAGCAGACACGGGGCCAGGAACGCUCCAAGAGCAAGUUAAUGUCCCCCAUGACCCCGGGCAGCGAGAGCAGGAAGCCAGAGAAGACCUUGACCUCUGCUGUGGCGGCAGGAAUGACCCCGGAGAAAAUCUCGCGGCUGCGCGACGUCCUGUCUCAGCGCAAAGUCCCGACGGUCAAGUCCACCGUCCCAGCCAACUUGUCCAAAUCAAGAAUCGUCUCUCAGACCCCCGCUGCCAACCUGUCAGCUCUCUCCCCACAGCCGACCCAGGGAUCCCAGUCUGCCGGGCCAGCUGCCCACACACCGCUGCCCUCUCUACCACCGAUGAUGACCCCUAAAGGCUUCCCGGACAGACCGCUGCGGGUCCAGAAAGGCCUGCCCCUGAUGGAUCAGUUGCAGCAAUCUCCAGCUCCUGUCACACAGGUCCUAGGUCAAGGUCAGACCCCGGUCAAGUCGUCGCCCCUAGCGGCGUCUGCGGCAAGUGUAGACAGUCCCAGACAGCAGCAUCAGCAGGGGCCUCCUCCUCCCGCCCCGACCGCCUUCUCCGGCACGGCUUUCUUCAAACACCAGCCACAGCCACAGCAGCAACAGCAGCCCGGACUACACCGGUUUGCCGCCCACGGGCCAUCGGUCGCUAGUGGGCCGGUGGACCCCGCUGUGGGGAUGAGCUCGGCUCCAGUGUCUGUGCCCGCCGUCGGGAUGAGCUCGGCUCCAGUGUCUGUGCCCGCCGUCGGGAUGAGCUCGGCCCCCUUGUCUGUGCCCGCCGUCGUGGGCGUGGGCAGCCUGUCCCGCCAGCUCCUGCCUCCCACCGAGUAUGAGGACAUCACUCCCACGGAGACGGACGAGACCAAUGAUGAGGAUGAGGACGACUACGAUGAAGAGGACAACGGUUAUGAGGACGAGGAUGAGGAUGAGGACGAGGCGGGCUUGGUUGGGAUGGGGAGAGUUUCAGGGUCGGUUGUUUUCCCCGGUGCGGUGGGCCCGGCAGGAGCAGACAGGGGGAUGUCCCUGGGCCCGUCUGCCUUGACGGCUGCUGCGACCACCGCUGGGCUGUUCAAACCUCCGUCCUCUGGUGCUGCUCUUGGCGCUACUCGUCAAGAUUCUAACAAGAGCGAGGCUUCCUCCCGCUCGGGCAGCGUUGGGUUUGCGUUCAACAUGGCUGCCGCUGCGAAGGACGGUGGCGGUGCUCCUGAGGAGGGAUCUAACGCAGACAGGUUUUCCUUCACCACGACUCAGAGCCAGCCUCCUCCCGUGGCCUCCUCCAACGCCGCAGCGACCACUACGGCCUCCUCCUCCUCCUCUUCUUCUUCUGCCUUCUCCGGCUCGCUGUUUGGGCAGAGGUCAGAGACAACAUCAGGUUUCUCUUUCGGAGGUCCAGCCCUCUUUGGGUCAAAGAUGAGUCCGGGCACAGCCGCGAGCGGGUCAGGUGGUGCAGUGUUUGGCUCGGUGGCCACGCCCUCCAAGGGUUUUGGGUUUUCCGACCUGGCCAAGCCGGAGGGGAAAAGUGACACGCCUGCCGUUGGGCCGUCCGAUAAAGUACCAGACGGCCAGGAGUCGUCGGCCAAAGACGCUCAGAAGAAUUUAUCAGCCGCAGCAGGGACAACAGCAGCCACAGCCGCCAGCAGCCGAGCCUCACCAGCCACAGUCUCUUCAGCGACAGACUCGAACGCUACUCAAGAGGGGAGCUCUGUCACAGGAUCCAUAUUUGGAGGGAAGAAAUCUUCUGGGGGGAGUCCGUUCGCCGCCUCCAGCUCUCCUGGCGAGUCGGGGCCCAGCAUGUUUGGCGGCAAGUCUGUCUCCCCGCCCGGUGGCAAGUUUGGCUUCAGCCUCAUCCCGUCGUCCAGUGCAUCCACCGCAGCUACCUUCCCAUUCGGGGCGUCGGCCGCUACAACCCCUCCCUCGACCACCUCUGGAGCGCAGCAACAGUCCGUCGUUGACACAGGGGCAGGGGGAGACAAUCCUUCCACCUCCUCGUUUAGUUUCACGGCGACAGCAGCGGCCCAGAAAUCCCCUCGGGAUGCUCCAUCAUCGACGACUAGCACGGCCGAGACGGGGAAAGCGACUGAGAGUUCUGACUCUGUUGUGGGGACGACCUUGUCCUCUGGCCAGACUGGUUCAGCGUCCAGCGCGGGAAGCGGCACAACGGAUGCCCCUGUGUCGUCUGCUGAGGUACUGGCCUGUUUGGAUCCUCCGCUGGCUCGGGCUCUCUGUUCGGGAACAGUGCUUCGUCUGCCACCACAGACACCACCAAACCCAGCGGUGGUCUCUUCGGCACCCCAGCCACCUCCACAUCAGUGUUUGGAGCCAACCCUGCCACAUCGCAGCAAGGAACAGGUUUCAGCCAGCAGUCUUCGCCCGCGUUCGGUUUUGGUCAGUCCAGUGCGGGGACGUCAGGUUUUGGACAAACCUCUGGAUUUGGACAGUCUACCGUCUCGUCCAGCAGCUCGGCCGGUUCUCUCUUCGGGAGCGGCAGCGGUUUUGGCGGUCUCGGCGGGAAACCCUCGGAGGAAAAGGCCAAACAGAACGUCUUUGGCACGCCGCAGACUUUUGGGAACGGGGCCACCCAGUCGCAGGGUUUAUUCGGCAACGAAGGUGGCUCCACCUUUGGGGGCGCGGGAUCUUCCUCCCCGUUUGGUGGGGGAGGUGGUGGUGGGGGUGGGAUGGGUGGAGGGGGCUUCAGUACCGGGGGUCAAGGGGUCGCUGCUGCAGGCUUUGGCGUGUCCUCGGCCAAUCAGGCGAGCUCCUCUGGCUUUGGAGGGUCUCCAGCAUUUGGGGGCAGCCCGAGUUUUGGCAGCACGUCCUCGUUUGGUGCCAGCAAGCCGGGAGGUUUUGGUUCCAGUCCAGCCUUUGGCAGCAGCGCGGCGUUCAGCUCAGCCCCGUCCUUCUCGGGCAGCCUGGGACAACAGUCGUCGUUUGGCUCAUCCGGGGGAGGCUUCAGCGGUUUUGCCAACGCUGCUUCGCCGUCAUUUGGCUCUCUGGCUCAGUCGUCUCCCUCGACAUCUGUGUUUGGUGACAGUAGCGCAGGGUCCGGGUUCGGAACUUCCCAAACACAGUCCUCUCCCUUUGGUGGUGGGGGCGGUGGGUUUGGAUCCCCGCAGCCUUUUGGUGGCGGUGGUAGCGGCGGUGGCUCUCUGUUUGGCCAGAGCUCAGCUAGUCCUGGCUUUGGUGGAGGGCAGACUCAAGGGUUUGGCGGUAACAGCUCAUUCAGUGCCAAUCCUGCGUUCAGCUCUUACAGAGGCUAAGUGAAGCAGAGAGAGAGAAGAUGACCACAGCACUGGUUAGAGCCUACACACGAGAGAUGACGAACGGACGAACAACUUCACCGCGUGCGAACCAACAGGCUCUGCAGUGGCUACUGGGAUUGAUGCUCCUAAGUUCUGAGCUAUUCUCAUGCUUCAUUUCUUGCCUUAUUGACCUUGUAUCCCUCCUUAUCUACGUGUGUUUAUUUUCUUUGUUAAAGUUAAAUUCAUUCCGUAACAGAAGAUGAAGUAAUUUGUAAGUUGUUUUUCUAUAUUUGAACUUAUUAGUGAGACUACUCGCCCUACCUUUUUUGGGUGUUUUUGUUAAAUUUCUGUGAUUUUUUUUUCAAUUAGCUGUUCAUCGUGUCGUGGAAAAGAGGAUGUGGAAGUGAGUCGACUUCGGAGACCAGUUUCUGGAAAUGUUUUUGUGUUCAAAUUAUAGAGAAAUGAUAAGUGAAAAUGAGACAAGUCCUUCUACUCACACUCAUUAUGGUAACGACACUACCAAAAGCGCUGAUUCUAACUUGUUAAUUUUAUUUUUUCCGGCCAGUUUUAGUUUGGAACUGCUUUACAUGACUUUUGGUGAUAAAUAAAUGGAAGGUCUUUGUAAA